UAAUCAAAACAAAAAAAAUACAAGCACCAAUGGACACAAACAAAGACGCACCCCCACUCCCACGCCAGCGCCUGCCGUCCCAACCUCCAUUUUCGUCUUCUUUAUAACUCUCCAAUCACUCUCUCCAUAAACACACAGUUUCACACAAAAACACGCACUAACACUUCUUCAAUGCAAUGGCUUCUUCUUCUUCAGUCGCGUUGAAUUCCAAAAUUUAUUACAAUCGGAUAACACACUCGGUGCCGGACAAAAUUCCGUUGUCUUUUUCUCGACAUAUUUCUGUGAGCUUCCUCGAAAGCUUUACAAGGAGAGUUUUUUCGAACGAACUUAGGUGUCGUGGAGUUGGAGUUGUGAAAGCAUCAUCCACUGGAAUAAUUGAGCCAAAGGUGGUGGAUGAUCGAACCAACGUCGGAGAAAAAGGUAUGGUUUUGAGAGUCGGGCUCAUAUGCGGUGGCCCUUCUGCUGAACGUGGAAUCUCUCUCAACUCAGCUCGAUCAGUCCUCGAUCACAUUCAGGGGGAUGAUUUGCAAGUAAGCUGUUAUUACUUUGACUGCAACCUUAAAGCAUAUGCAAUAUCGUCUGCUCAGGUCUACUCGAACACUCCUGCAGACUUUGAUUUCAAACUUGAAACCCUUGCCCAAGGUUUUCAGUCACUAUCUGACUUUGUUGAACACCUGUCCACCUCUGUGGACAUAGUUUUUCCCGUUAUACAUGGCCGUUUCGGUGAAGAUGGUGGCAUUCAAGAAAUAUUGGAAAAGGCAAACAUUCCAUUUGUUGGGACCCAGUCAAGUGAAUGCCGCAAAGCUUUUGAUAAAUAUGAUGCCUCUUUGGAACUUGACAAGCUAGGAUUUGUGACUGUACCCAGUUUCCCAGUGCAGGGAAGUGAAUUGGAUGAAACUGAGCUAGCAAUGUGGUUUACUAGAAAUCAUCUGGACACUGAGCUAGGAAAAGUUGUGUUUAGGCUUCAUAAAAAAAAAUGGCAGGUAAAGCCUACAAGAGCAGGAUCAAGUAUUGGAGUUUCAGUUGCUUAUGGUGUUACUGAUUCUCUUAGAAAGGCUAAAGAACUUAUUUCAGAGGGAAUUGAUGAUAAAGUCCUCAUUGAAAUUUUUCUCGAAGGAGGGAGUGAAUUUACAGCCAUAGUUCUUGACGUGGGAUCUGGUUCUGAUUGCCAACCUGUUGCUCUUUUGCCAACAGAGGUGGAACUUCAGUCUCAUGGAAGUGUCGAUCUAAGUGAAAAGGAUGCUAUAUUCAAUUAUAGGCGGAAAUAUCUCCCAACCCAGCAGGUUGCUUACCACACUCCACCUCGAUUCCCAGAAGAUGUAAUUAGAAAUAUUCGCGAAGGAGCUUCUUUUACAUAA